GUAGUAGUAGGCUUUUAAAGUAGCUAGGACUUGUCAAAUAUAACUCAGGACUUUUCGAUCUAGCAAUGAGACAGGAAACCAAGGUUUUCCUGAUAAGAAUAGCUCUUUUUCUUUGUUAUCUGUGGAUUGGUGCAGCGAUAUUCAUGGCUCUCGAGAGCCACAAAAAUGGCGGGAAAACUACCGAUGCAAAAGAAAUUCUGCGUUUUCUUCAAAUAAACGCAACCCAGCAAUUCAAGAUGAAAGAGGAAGACUUUCUCGCUAUGUUAUCUAACAUAUCUAGUGCAAUGUCAGCAACACAAGCCAACAAUUGGAGCAUAUUUCAAGGAGUUGCAUUUGCUACACAUUUACUGACUACUAUUGGUUAUGGGAGCUUGACGCCAAAGACUCCAGGUGGUCAACUCUUCACCAUCUUCUACGCGUUAGUUGGAAUCCCUUUGACUCUGUUAACGCUAAAAGCCAUGGGCAACCACUAUAACCACUACAUCAAGAAACUCAUCAUACUGAUCGAGACGAGAUGCCUCAAGCGAACGGAAGUGAAAGGUCUUGAAGGAAAGGUCUGCUUGGGCGACAUAACCGUCGCUAUUCUUUACCUCUUUAUUGCCUCUAUUUUAUCAUGCACUACCCAAAAUUGGACUUUCCUCCAAUCAGUGUACGCUUGGUUUAUAACCUUGACAACGGUCGGUUUCGGGGAUCUUAUUCCUGCUACUUCGACUGAAACCUUGAAUCUGUUACUCGGGUUAUGUUUCAUGUCGGCUUUACUGGAUGCCGUGGCCACGUAUGGCGAAAAGUCAGAUCUGCGUUCUCUUCAGUGUCGCGGGUUUUGUUGCUGCCAACGCGGGACGGUCCCGCGGGACAAGAAGGAUUUCGAGGCGUCGCAAGACGAGUUGAGUGGGUAUUGGGAACGAGGGAAACACGUGGCUUCUCAGACAGAUGACGCUGUCUCGAUAGACUCUAGAUUGUAGACUUUAGCACAACCCUUCUCAUGUGGGACAUAGAAAUUAUCUUGAACACACCCUAUAUAAACACCCUAUAUCUCCUUUGCCGAUUGGCCUUUUUUUACAGCAACUAAGCUAAGGCGCUCAUUGUUUAAUAAGUGGUCCGUACAUAUGAAGAAAACGUUGUCGUUUUGGGGGUCUGGUACCGAGAAAACUUAGUUUCUUUCCAGGGACCUUCUCAACUAACUAAAGAUGGUCACAGUAACUGUUUUUCUCUUCUGGUUAAAAGUCAUAAAGUUUACGAAGCCCCUGGGGUACGCUCACCUUAAACAUUAUGGAAGUGACCGCGUUUGCCAAAAACGGGCUCAAUUUUCUUGAUAUGUAUCCCACACUGAAUGAACAAAAAAGAUGAUAAAUUGCUAGAUGUAUUCCAACAGAAGUGUUUGAGAAGGAUAUUGAAAAUUAGUUGGGAAGACCAUGUAACGAAUGAAGAGGUACAGAGUAGAACUGGAGUACAUCAAUUGAGCAGUGAAGUGAAGAGACGGCGAUGGAAAAUGAUCGGACACGUGUUGAGACAA